UCACAAAUGUGCGCAUGCGCAGUUGGGUAGGGUAAGUUAUGGUUAUAGAUACCUUUUUCCUGUCAACACUAUCGAGAGGACGCGAUGGCUGCGGAUCCACACAAGUUUCCUGCGUGGUUUAUCACUUUUAUUAGUGUCUGCAUCUGUGUGACAGUCGCCUCAGCUCAAUGCACAGAUGGGACAUAUGAGCAUGAUGGGCGGGCCUGCUGUCUGUGUGCUGCCGGUACCCACCUGACCGAGCACUGCAUUAAAAGUCAAAGUUAUGGAAAAUGCAAGCCUUGUGGCCCUGAGACGUAUAAAAGUCACCCGGAUACACAGACGUCCUGCGAACCCUGCACACGCUGCUCACACCCCAAUGAAAAUCUAGAGGAGGCUGAAUCCUGUACCCCUGCCAGGGACAGGAAGUGUCAAUGUAAAGUGGAUCACUACUGCGCCAGUGACAUCUGCAGACCCUGCCACCCGUGUACUAAGUGUGGUGAAGAGGGCAUCAAAGUACGCUGCACAGGAAAGAAUGACACAGUCUGCAAUGAAAAAACAGAAGGGGGAUCUUCAUUAGGGCUAAUAGUUGCCAUAAUUGUUGCCAUUGUCAUCCUCGCUCUAGUAGGAGUUGUUGUGUGUAUCUGGAAAAAGAAGAAGAAGCAAGGGGUGACACUCCAGCAGGGAAAUGGAAAUCAAAAUGAUGUGCAGUUGCAGCUUAUUGAAGAUGUGGACCUCGAGCCUCACCUGCCUUCCAUCGCAAAAGUGAUCGGAUGGAAGGACAUGAAGGAUGUAGCGAGACGUAGCAAAAUGGCGACUGCUAUUGAAGCUUGUGAAAUGAACCACCCUAAUGAUGUUGAGGAGCAGACAUAUAACCUACUAAAGAAAUGGGUGGAGAGUCAGGGCAAGGGUGCCUCAAAGAAUUUGGUGAGAAUCCUGAUAGAGAAUGACAAAAGGGGCAAAGCUGAGGAAGUGAAUGAAACAUUGGCAGGUACACGAAAUCUUCCUGUUUGAAUGUGUCCAUUGUGAGCACUUUUUAAGAUAUUUGCAGUGCUGUCUGCUCUAUGAAUUAUUUUAAAACACACCAAUUGUGACAUUUACAUGAUAGGACUUUUAGGAUUUUUAUAAAGUUUAAGAUUUUUGAGGACUACUGUCUUCCAUAAUGGUGUUACAGAAAUUACCUCUUAGUUAAUUAAUUAAGGGACUGAGAUUUUCUGUCAAGAUUGGAAUGAACUGAACUACACCUUGACAUAAUGUUUUCCAUAGACGAAGGGAGGUGUCAAUGAGCCAAAAAGAGAAUUAUGAUAAUUAAUUCUCUGUCAAUCAGCUAAUCAGUCUCUUUUCCAAACCGCUCCAAUUAUGUACAGUGGUGCACGUCGUCAUCAUAUGAACGUUACCUUUUAUUUAUAGUGAUUUAGUUGCUCAAUCCGAGUUCCACAUUCUGUGAAAUCCUGAUUCCCCAAGCAGUCACGCUGACAAGAAAGUGGAAGUUGAGUGUCAUGAUUAAAAGAUUCAAUGGUCUGUGGUUAAAUAUUCCACUUUCUAAUCUUUCUGAACUUUUCAUUGGUAGGAUUUGUAGUGAAAUAUGGUGAGAAUGUGUAAUUCAAAAAAAAAAAGUGAGGUUGAAAAGAUUUUUAUGAAUAUCUGAGUGUCAUGGUUAUUCCUGUUUUGCUGUUUGGUUUUGUGUUGUGUUUUCUCUGUUUUACUGGCUCCAACAAGGUGCUCUCGUCUCCAGCAAUUACUCCUAAAGCCUGGCCGAGACGCCAUUCCUGUGCCAGAUUAUCCUGUUCCCUGUUGCAUUUUUUAUACCUUUUGAGCUUCCGGUACUCUUGUGACUUCCAGCAUGUUUUUGACUGAAAACCGCAUCUUGCAUCUUUCUUUUGAUUUGACAUCAUGGCUCAAGUUUUACCCUGUGUCCAGUGUAACUUGCUUUGCUCAGCCAGUGUUGUCUACUGAAUGCUCUGAUCUGUCUCAUAAUAAACUCCUUAAAACUUUA